GCAGGCAUGCAGCCGAGGACGCUUCCGCGCGGCCGCGCCGCCGUCCUGCGCGCGGUCACGGGAUGCCGCGGCCGCCGCGAAGAGCAGGCCCUCCACUGCCUCGUCUGCAAGCUCGGCCUCGCCUCCGACGUCGUGCUGGCGACAGCCUUGCUCGUCCGCUACGGCAAGCGCGGCCUCCUGGGUCCCGCCCAGCGGCUGUUCGACGAAAUGCGGCGCAGGGACGCGGUCGCCUUCAACGCCAUGCUGGCCGCGCUCGGCGCCUCGGGGAGGGCGGCCGACGCGCGGAGGCUGUUCGACCGAAUGCCGGAGCGGGACAGAACCCCCGCCUCGUGGAACACCCUGCUCACGUGCUACUGCAGGGCCGGCGACCUCGCCUCCGCCAGGACGGUCUUCGAGGCGAGCCUCCGCGCGGCGACGAGCAGCGUCGUGUCGUGGAACGCGAUGGUCGACGGAUACUGCAAGGCCGGACGGAUGGACGCUGCACGGGAGCUGUUCGACCGUAUGGGCUCCUCGCUGCGGGACGUCAUCACGUACAACACGAUGAUGGCCGGGUAUUUGCGCCGGGGAGACCCAGCCGCCGCCAUCGCGAUGUUCCGCCGGCUGGCGCGGGAGGAGGAGCAAACGCUGAGGCCCACCGCGGUCACCAUCGCCACCGUGGUGACGGCUUGCACGCAGGUGGGAGACUUCGCCUUUGGCCGGGCGGUCCAUCUCUCCACCCGGCAGCUGCUGGGGACAAGCACCGACGCCGUGCUGAGCAACGCCCUCAUGGACAUGUACUUCAAGUGCGGGAGCGUGGACCGCGCGCUCGAGGUCUUCAGCACCAUGCCCGGCGCGCCCAACCUCUUCUGCUGGAACACGGUGAUCGCGGGGCUAGGCAGGAACGGCCGCGGCGAGGACGCCGUCAGGGCGUUCCGCGACAUGGUGCAGACGAGCAAGAAAAUAAACGCGGUCAAGCCGGACUCGGUAACAUUCGUGGCACUCCUGUCGGCGUGCAGCCACUCGGGCCUGGUGCGCGAGGGCCGGGAGCUCUUCGCCGAGAUGCUGCCGGCCCACGGGGUGGCUCCCGGGGCGGAGCACUACGGCUGCAUGGUGGACCUGCUGUGCCGCGCGGGGCUGCUCGGCGAGGCCGUGCAGCUCGUGCGGACGAUGCCCGUCCGGCCCAACGCCAAGGUCCUGGGGUGCCUGCUGCUCCACGCGCGCAGCUCGGGGGAUGGCGUCACGGCGAGCGAGUGGGCGGCGAGGCGGAUCGUGGAGCUGGACGUCCGUGACGGCGCCGCGUACGGCCUGUCCAACCUCUACGCGUCGCUGCAGAGGUGGGAUCACGUCGAGAGGCACCGGAGCGCGGCCGUGGCGAGCGGCAAGGAGCCUGGCCGGACCAGCUACGAUCCGCAGAUUCCGCACGUACGCUAGUUCGAGCCUUCGAGGCACCGACUCGUACGGUUUGUGCAAGCACGACACACACCUGCACACACACUGCGCCACACGACGACAGCAGUGACAGUGAGGCCCCACGUCUGCAGUGACGUUAGCGCGAUGUAAGCACGUGCGAUGGCACUCAACGGAUGCGAAGGUCAGAGAACCUUCCCGUGUCUUCUUACGCCUGGGGCAAA